AUGGUUUCAGACGAACAAAAAGAAGACCUUGUGGGCCUAAAGUUGCCGUUUGAGACUGAAAGAUUGCUUCAAGUACGGACGGGAAAGAUCAAACCACUUUACCACCUCCCAGUACAGUCGGCAAUCUACAAGAAUCCUCAUACUCAGCCUGUCAAAGUCACAAAACUUGGUUGCGAGGGAGAUGAGCACGCAUACGAGUUCCACGGAGGGCCGGACAAGGCGCUGCUUCACUAUUGCGCAAGACACUAUGAGACGUGGAAAGCAGAGUGUCCAGGGAGUGAGAAGCAUUUCACGGUCGGCGGAUUCGGGGAGAACCUGGUCAGUACCUCAGCUAAUGAACAGAAUAUCUGCAUUGGAGACAUCCUCACGAUUGGUCCAGAAGUCACGGUGCAGGUCAGUCUUCCACGACAACCCUGUUUCAAACUCAACCACCGCUUCCAAGUCAAGGAUAUGGCGUGGCAGUCUCAGAUGAAGAGCCGGACAGGCUGGUACUAUCGGGUCUUGAAGGAGGGCUACAUUUCCCCUGGCGACGAAAUCAAACUUGUCGAGAGACUGAACCCGAAGUGGACGGUGGCCGCCGUUCAACACUACUUGUACCGGGAAAUGAAAAACUUUGAGGUCAUGGCCGAAUUGGUGAAUCUUCCAGGCCUCGGUUCAGAAUCCCUCACAAUCUUCGAGAACAGGCUGAAAAAGAAUUUUGAGAAUCAGGACGAACGAAUGUUCGGUGACGACUCGGUCGCUCUGGAGACCUGGUCGGACUACAAGCUUGUGCAGAAGCUUCGACAGACCCCUCGAAUCUGUUCGUUCGUUUUCGAGGUAGUCGGAGAGCAGUCUCAAACGACGAGUCCCAAAGUUGAACCGGGAUCUCAUGUGCGCUUGAAGUUGGGAGACAAGGGUGACCUGAUCCGAGCAUACUCCGUUGUUGGUGGCACCAAGGACCGCUUCGAGCUGGGCGUGGCUCUUGCAGACGAGUCCCAUGGAGGAUCUCUAUAUCUGCAUAAAAAUGCCAAAGUGGGAGAGGUAUUCUCAGUCGGGAAAAUUACCACCAGCUUUCCCCUUGCGCCAGAGGCGGACGAACAUAUUUUGAUCGCUGGUGGAAUCGGAAUCACAGCCUUCCUUCCCACGGCGGAAAAAUUGAAGGAAUCGGGGGAGAAUUUCACGUUGCAUCUGGCCGUCCACUCUACCUAUGAGGUACCCUUCAGGGAGAGACUAUCGAAGCUAGGCAAGAGCCUCGUAAUCUAUGACAAAGAAAGGGGACGGCGGCUGGACCUCGCCCGUAUCAUGUCCAAAGUGACCACCAACACACACGUGUAUUGCUGCGGGUCUCCCAGAUUGAUGGACGACGUUGCCGCAACGGCGAAGCGAUAUGGGCUGGCAGAAGAACAGAUCCACUUUGAGGCUUUCGCAAUCACGACCUCAGGCGAUCCUUUCACCGCGGCGCUCCUGACGAGCCAAAAGACAAUCCAAGUGCCGGCAACACGGAGCCUUCUGGAAGCAUUGAGGGAGGCGGGCAUCGAUGUACCGUCGUCGUGUGAAGCUGGAAGCUGUGGCACUUGUCGUGUCCAAGUUGCAAAGGGACGCAUUGACCACCGUGGAACCGGUUUGUUGGAAUCGGAUAAGGCCUCAGCAAUGCUAGCCUGCUCUUCUAGAGGCAUUGGACAUAUAGAACUAGAGCUUUAA